UCUCUUAAUCUCUCCAUCAACAACACUUAACAUUUUUCAUUUUUCUCAAGAAACAUAUUCUUUUCAUUUUCACUUUCUCAAAAAUGGCCAAGGUGCAGACUCUCUUUCUACUUGUUUUCAUUGUUUUUACUGUUUUAAACACUUUCAUGUUGGUUCAAGCAGACAAUGCGCCUGCGCCUUCGCCUACAAAAUCGACGCCGUCUCCUUCAUCUUCUCCUUCUGUGAAAUCUCCUACCGCUUCUCCCGCAUCUUCUCCGAUUAAAUCUCCGGCUUCUUCACCCGCGUCUUCUCCGGCGAAAUCUCCAUCUAGUUCCAGUACUUCCUCAUCCCCUUCAAAGUCUCCUUCAGUCAGUCCCCCCACACUAUCCCCAACUGCUGCUACCCCUUCAAAGUCUCCUUCAGUCAGUCCCCCCACACCAUCCCCAACUGCUGCUACCCCAUCCCCAAGUAUGUCGCCUCCAGUUAUAUCACCAACUACUCCACCCCCGACGGUUUCCACUCCGACUACAACUCCGGUGGCCGCUCCGACUUCCGCUCCUGUCGCUAGCCCAUCAGUAUCGGAGGGUCCGGCUACUUCACCUACUCCAGAAGCAUCAGCCAGCAUUCCUUCCAGUUCUGCAACACCAGUAGAGGCACCAAUUUUCCCUUCCAGUAGCAGCCCGCCACUUCCGACUCCCGCUAGUUUGUCGCCGGAAUCUGCAGGAAGUCCGGCAGUGAACGAUGAAUCGGGUUCUAUGUCUAUGUAUGAAGUUCGGGUCAUUUUGAGUGGGCUAUUGGGUAUUGGACUCGGGGGUGCCUUGAUUUUGUCAAUUUAAUUUUCCAUAUUAUUACUCAUUCAUUGAAUCAUUUAUUAUAUUUUAUUUUUCUGUCAUUAAUUAUUGGUUAUUAAUUUAUUGUUAUUAACCUUCAUGUUCUUUUUUUUGUUUUAGUUACUGUUCGUAGAAGUUAAUUAAUGAGUACUUAAUUUUCAUUUCCAUUUAUAAUUUUUUUCAAUAAAAAGAACUUUUUGAUUUCAA